CGCCGCGCCGUGCCUCGUUUUCCUCCCGUCCAUCCCCAGCUACCUAUAUCCGCAGUGCAUCACCCGUCUGCCCACUGUCCCUUACGCCAACAACCAAACACACUACAGCGCGUCUCUGGCCCCCCAGGCAAAUCUCCGUCUUUGUACACGAACCUCGCUUCAGAGAUAUGAGCCGCAGCAGCAAGCUUGCCCCGGAAGCCAACAGGAUCCUUUUCGUGAAGAACCUCAGCUACAACGUUACCGCAGAGGAGCUGUUUGAUCUUUUCGGGAAAUUUGGCCCUAUUCGUCAAAUACGCCAGGGCAUUGCGACAAACUCGAAGGGCACUGCAUUCGUCGUGUACGAGGAUGUUGCCGAUGCAAAGCAGGCCUGUGAUAAAUUGAAUGGCUUCAACUUCCAGAAUAGAUACCUUGUCGUUUUAUACCACCAGCCUGAGAAGAUGGCCAGAUCGAGAGAAGAUUUGGCCGCCCGACAAGAAAACCUGGAGCGACUAAAACAACAACACGGCAUCGACUGAUAUUUGCGGCUGACUCUCUCUUGCUUCUCGAUUUUUAUGUUUACAUUUACCUGCCUCGCUUUCUUGUUGAUUAUUUCAUUUGCUCCCCCCCCUCCCGCGUGUUUAUCGUUAUCUCUUUUGUGUGCCUCUCCUUUCCUCUUUCC